AUGGCUCUCCAAACUCUCCUACGCUCCCAAGAGACCCAAUUCGUGUUGACGGGUAUCUUGGCGUAUUAUGCUAUCCUCAGUGUGCUCCAUCAGUUUAUGAAGCGUGCUUUCCGGGGCCUCUACCUGCCGCUCCUCGAACAACUCGGCACACGCAAGACGCUGCAACUCCUCGUCUUCCUCAUCGGCGUUGCGAUCGCCUUGACGACGGCUCCGCUGUGUGGCCACGCAUUUCUUUCCUACCCAGCCAGCCAGAAUGGCUUCUCGACAAGUCCUCUGACGCUCGACUCCAAAGUCUGCGUUGGGGCGCGGGUUGUGAUGUGGAUUGCCGAGAUGCCGCUGCUCGGCGGCACGCACUUUUACCUGGUCCACCACAUCCUGUCCCUCACAUCGCUGGGCAUCGUCCUGUCCAACAAGCUCAACAUGGCGCCCAUCUAUCUCAUCUAUGCUGGACUCGUCACCGAGGUGUUUUCCAGCUCGCGGGCCUUUAUCCGCAUGUCCGGCCUGCACCACAAGCACCCGAAGCUCUUCACCCACAUCACGUCCAGCAACGCCGUCGCCAUCCUACUCUUGCGGGCCCUGCCGGCGGCAUAUCUGCUGCAGACGCAGCUCUUCCGACCGGCGCUGGCCACCAACGUGGGCCUGGCGUACUUCAUCACCGUCGUCUUCUACGCGUGCUUCGUCACGUACAUUGCCUACAAGCUGCUCGCCGGACAGGGAUACGUCUCCCUCAAGCCCGCCAGCCCGGCGCACUUUGCCCUGAAAAACGGCAGCGAGAUCAGAAAAAUCUCCGUCUACAGCGUGCUGCUCGGCGCGGCCAUUGCGGCGACGGAGCUCUCGGCGGCCACCAUGUACGAGCUGGCCAGCGGCGACGCGUUUCCGCGCAGGGAACUGUCCAACCUGGCGGCCGUCGGCCUCGGGACGGUGGUGAGCGGCCUGCUGGGCGCAAAGUUUAUGAACCAGGUGCUGUCGGUACCGGUCGGGAGACUGACGGAAGAGCAGAAAAAGAGUGUUGCGCCGCCGCCACCGCCGCCCGCGGUUCCAGGCGUGUCCCCUCGAUUUUUCCCGGGCUACAAGGGCAUUUCCAUCCAGGGGGCCAUUCUUUUCUCUGCGCUCUGGCUGAACGUUUGCCCGCUGCUGGGCCUCCAGGUCAACCACAGGAUCCUCUUCGGCGCCGUCGGAAUGAGCCUGCCCGUGGGCGAGGCCAUUGGCCGGGUCGGCUGCUACUUUGCGGGGUGCUGCGGCUCGACGCGCAAGGAAAAGUACCCGGCCAUCCAGCUGCUGGCCGCUGCACUCAACACGGGCAUUUUCGGCCUCAAAGUGAUGGAUCUCGCAAACCAAGGGACGUCCAAGAUUGGCGAUGUUGGCCUGGCCGCAGUGCUCGCCAACGGCGCCGUGCGGCUUGUGCUCAACCCGCUGCGGAGCGACACGGCAGAGAUGCUCUUUAGUCCCGCCAGCAUGUUUGCCCUGUCCCAGAUCCUCUUGUCCUCGUCUCUGCUGACGCUGGAGAGGACGGGGGGAGGCAUGGACCCCUUGUCGGCCCUCGUGGCCGUCGCCGGUGCGACGUCCACCAGCAUCUUCCUCUGCCGCAUCGCCGCCUUGGCCUGGGAGAUGGCGGCGACGGAGCUGAAGAAGUGGAAGCUGAGCCAGUACGCUCGGAUGGAGAACUUUGUCUACGCCUUCAGUAUCGCAAUCUUCAUGCUGGUCACGAAGAGCAAUGCGGGGGGUGAAGUGGCACGCGCCGGGAGGCUGUUCCUCCGAAAGGAAUCUCUGCUCGUCAUGUCGAGUCCGGCGCUGCUGGGCUCCAUUUUUGCAGCCGCGGGACUGCCCAUUAUUCUCUUGAAUUGA